AAACUGCCUCUCCACUCCCAGUCCCCCCCGACUGUCUUCUGAACUCUGAGACAGCCUCCAGCAACAUCAUCAUCAUCAUCAUCAGCAGCAGCAGUACUACAGCACCCUCCCUCACCCAAAUGCAACAGCGCGGAGAGUAAAGCGAGCCCGUAGGAGCAGCAGUCCGGACUUACACUCACUGUUCAUGCCCAAACAGCGAUGGAGGAGCAGCCAGGAACACAGCACUCAGUCUGCAGGACGUGCAGGAGGACCAGCAAGCAGAAGACAACGAUGCCUUCGUCGAGUUACGUUUGGCUCUUCGCGGUGGCAGUGGCACUGUGCUCAUGUCAAGCCUCGGCGGAGACACUGUGUGGAGGAGAACUGGUGGACACUCUACAGUUCGUGUGUGAAGACAGAGGCUUUUAUUUCAGCAGGCCCUACAGAUCAAACAGCCGCCGUUCUCACAGAGGGAUAGUGGAGGAAUGCUGCUUUCGGAGCUGUGAUUUGAACCUGCUGGAGCAGUAUUGUGCAAAGCCUGCAAAGUCUGAGCGAGAUGUCUCUGCCACUUCACUGCAGGUCAUUCCAGUGUUACAGACUCUUCACAAAGAUGGCUCAAGAAAGCCCCUUAAUGUGAGAUUCUCCAAAUAUGAGGUGUGGCAACAGAAGGCUCAAAGGCUGAGGAGAGGGGUCCCCAACAUCCUCCGUGCUAAAAGGUUCAGGAGGCAGGCUGAGAAUAUCCAGGCCCAGGAGGAAUCUGAUUUUCACCGGCCUUUGAUGACCGUGCCCAACAGACGUCCACCUAUGCUCUCACGCUCGCACAACCACGCCAACCACAACUGAAGCCAAAAGCACCCAAUUGUCAGAAAAAAGGGAUUACAACCCCUGGCCUUCAUGAACCCUGCCAUUGCAAAUACAGAUAUGAACAUUCUGUGUUAUCUCCCACCUUACCCAGCACAAGAGAUGUUAGAGCUGAAUGUAAGAGCGAUGGAUCAGGCGACUGGAGAGAUGAAUGCAGUCUCUGACUCAUAAACAGAGUGGAUGUCCAGAACUGACACUGAUGAGUCAUGAAAGUCUUCAAAUAUGAAAGUCUCCAUUCCACAAAAUCCAACUCCGGGACAAAGGCUGACUCUGUCUCGUUUGCACCUGUGAUUCAAAAGUUCCACUAUAGGGAACAAUUUUAUUGAAAUUAGGUUCCCUAAUACGCACCUUUCAGCCACCCCAAACUGUGGUGCAAUAAUGAAGAAAAACAUCAGCAGGUUGCACAAAGCCACAGACAAUGAUAAUGGCACUAUUUUUUUUUCUAUGAACUGCUCGAUAUGAUAAUUUUAUGGUGCUACCUUUGGGGAAAGGACUCAAAGAAGAGACAAAGAAGAGACUGAAAGCAAUUUACUCUUGUCAUCAUGUUAAACUUUCCGUUUUAGGAAAAAAAAACAAGACAGUGUAAGAAGAGUAGCUUGAUAUGGGAUGAGCUACAGCAACUCAAGCUGUACUCUGAGAUCCAUUGUGUGGGCUGCGGAGAAUGAAGACAAAGCCCAAAGCUGUCGCGUGAGAUAGCUUCUAGAUAGGAUGAGGAAAACAUCGAGGAAUACCAUUGUUAAGGACAUUUGUGACCAAGUCAAGUUUUGGACUUUGAACAAGAGCAGUUUUAAGAUGCCACAUACUUGUACCAUAACAUUCCAGUCUAAAUCUUGUUAUCCAUUUUAUCAAUUAUUUCCUGUCUUAACUGCAUAUAUACAGUACAAAAUGGAACAAUCAUUUCAGUGGGAACAGCAAUAAUGUCUUCUUGCAUAUCUUCAAUGUACAACAGUAGUAUUCCAGUGCUUUUGCUUGAAAUGAAAUACUUGAAUAUGUAUAAUUAGUCUCCAGGGACAUCAUGUCAUUGACCUUAUGAGUAGUCUGUAUGAGCAGUUUUCUUGCAAAAAUGAGCCGCCAAGCGUUUUCCUUGGUUCAGAUACAAAUAAUGGCACUGUAUAAAGGCAUUAUUUAUUUUGAUAUAAGCAUAUGAAAAUGGUCCCAAUGAUAGCACACAUCCAUAACUGGCAGAUUUGUGUUACACUAUUGUUUUGUUUGUACUGCUUAUGUAUGUAGAUGCUUUGUACCAAAAAGUCUUCUCUUUUUUAAGUAAAGUCAAUGGAAGCUUCAAAA